AUGGAUGAUUCUGAAUUUACAGACUCGGACACAACGGGCCAAGCCAUGUUCCUGCGGCCAUCCUCAGUAUCCAAACUGUGUAUUUCCAAACCACACCAUCAUGGUUCAUUUACAAGGAAACUGCUUAGUCAUGAUAAAUCCACUUUAGCUUGCUAUUUAAUUGGUAUUAUCUUGGCUACGGGUCUGAUUGGAUCGGCUAUAUUUGCUACUGUGGUUUUUGGAUUCGGAGUAGGUUCUACACAUCUUGCAAAACCUGACCCUGACUUUUAUCGUCCAAACCAAGGGCAGGUGCUACUACUUGGAGAUUCGCUUACUCAGAAAGGAAUGGUUCAAAACGGCUGGGUGUCAAGACUAGCACAAGGCUAUGUUUGUCAGCAUGACGUACUUGAACGAGGGUAUGGCGGAUACAACUCUCGUCAAUGGGUAGAUCUAGUCGAUCCAGUCAUACGCGAUUCGGUAACGCCAGGAACAUUGCCUGCAUUAAUCACCAUUCUCUUGGGUACAAAAUCCAACAUGAUGACAAUUAUUUCCAAUAUCAAAUCCAAAUUUCCCUCGACACCUUUGGUACUAUUUACGCCUCCUCCGCCUUUAGGUUCAAAUAUAUUUGCUUCGCCAGACAAAGUAUAUCAGUUAUACCAGAUAACUCUUGAUAUUGGAGUAUCAACAGCCUCGCAUGUAAUAGAUCUAUGGAAAUCAUUUUUCCCAUUAGUUCAGACCGAUUUUGUAUUUUCAAGGGAUUACAACUCGACAGUGAUUCAAGACCUACUUUUGCCUGAUGGCGUCCAUUUAUCCAUUUCUGGAAAUUCAAUAGUUUAUACAUCACUGUAUAAUUUUUUGAAUGCUACGUUUCCCAAUCUUGUUCCUGGUAAAUAUAGUUAUUUGCUGAAUUAG